GUUGCCUCUAAUUAUAAAUAAAUUCACAACUAAUUUACUUCAUUAAUUAAUUGUGAAAAUUUCAAAUAUCAUCCAUUUACUCACCUCCUCCUCGCCAUGCUUGUCGUCGUCUCGCCGUCGUCGGUCUCCAGCGCGAUCAUCACAUAACAGAGCUCUAUGCUCAGGGAUUUGAUCCUUCCAUACCCCCGCUUAAUUUUCAUUCUUCUCAUACAAAACCUUGGAUGACGAAAGAAUUGCCAGUUGUCAAGUUGCUGAGCUGAGAGGGGGACUUGUGAUUGUUUCAUGGGCAACACAUGCCGUGGAUCUUUCGGAAGCAAGCAUUUUCAGGGCUACGCACAGCCCGAAGAUCAUUCCAUUUCCAACUGUAACCCUUCUUCCGGCCGUUCUAACUCUUACUCUGAUAAUUUCUCCUCCCCUACUAGGCUGAGCCAAGAUUUUCCCAAGGAUACCCAGCCCAACCCCAACGCAGACCAACGCAUCCCUAUACUUUAUCCCAAAAAGGAAAACAUGUAUCGUUCCACCAAUAACCAGGCCUAUCACGUCCUAGGUCACAAGACCGCUAACAUCCGUGAUCUUUACACACUGGGCCGUAAGUUAGGUCAAGGUCAAUUUGGUACCACUUAUCUCUGCACUGAGAUUUCCACUGGUGUUGACUAUGCUUGUAAGUCUAUUUCAAAAAGAAAGUUGAUCUCCAAAGAAGAUGUAGAGGAUGUGCAGAGGGAAAUUCAGAUAAUGCACCAUUUGGCUGGUCACAAGAACAUAGUUACUAUCAAGGGGGCAUAUGAAGACCCUUUAUAUGUUCAUAUUGUGAUGGAACUCUGUAGUGGUGGAGAGUUGUUUGACCGCAUUAUUCAGCGAGGGCAUUAUAGUGAGAGAAAGGCUGCUGAAUUGACUAAGAUAAUUGUUGGAGUUGUUGAGGCAUGCCACUCCCUUGGGGUUAUGCAUAGAGAUCUCAAACCAGAGAAUUUCUUAUUGGUUAACAAGGAUGAUGAUUUCUCUCUCAAAGCAAUUGAUUUUGGACUCUCAGUCUUUUUCAAACCAGGCCAAAUAUUUACUGAUGUCGUUGGAAGCCCGUAUUAUGUUGCUCCUGAGGUGCUUUUGAAGCAUUAUGGUCCAGAAGCAGAUGUUUGGACAGCAGGGGUCAUACUCUACAUAUUGCUAAGUGGUGUACCUCCUUUUUGGGCUGAAACACAGCAGGGGAUUUUUGAUGCUGUGUUGAAAGGGCACAUUGAUUUUGAGUCAGACCCUUGGCCCUUAAUAUCAGACAGUGCAAAGGAUUUAAUCAGGAAGAUGUUAUGCAUGCAGCCCUCUGAGCGUUUAACUGCUCAUGAAGUAUUAUGUCAUCCUUGGAUUUGUGAAAAUGGUGUUGCUCCUGAUAGAGCGUUAGAUCCAGCGGUACUCUCUCGCCUUAAGCAGUUUUCUGCAAUGAACAAGUUGAAGAAGAUGGCCUUGCGGGUAAUUGCUGAAAGCUUGUCAGAAGAGGAGAUUGCUGGUUUAAGGGAGAUGUUUAAGGCCAUGGAUACUGAUAAUAGUGGUGCAAUUACAUUUGAUGAGCUCAAAGCUGGUUUAAGAAAAUAUGGAUCUACUUUAAAGGAUACAGAGAUACGAGAACUAAUGGAUGCAGCCGAUGUAGAUAACAGUGGAACUAUUGAUUAUGGAGAAUUCAUAGCAGCUACUAUUCACCUUAACAAACUAGAACGGGAGGAACAUCUUAUGGCUGCGUUUCAAUAUUUUGACAAGGAUGGAAGUGGAUAUAUUACAGUUGAUGAGCUCCAGCAAGCUUGUAUAGAACAUAAUAUCACAGAUGUUCUCUAUGAAGAUAUUAUCCGAGAAGUUGAUCAGGAUAAUGAUGGAAGGAUAGAUUAUGGGGAAUUUGUUGCCAUGAUGACAAAAGGAAAUGCAGGUAUUGGAAGACGAACUAUGAGAAACAGUCUGAAUAUCAGCAUGAGAGAUGUACCUGGAGCUCACUAGCUUUUUGUGAGAUGCAUCAUCUACAGGUUGUAGAGAAAUGACAGCAGAUGAUGAUGAGUGAUUGAUUGAUUAGAUGAGAAGAAACUUGUCCUUCCUUCCUUCCUUCCCAAGUACUGAAGGCAGCAGCAAAAUCAGAGUUGUGAGGGUGAAGCAUGCAUAUGCAGUAAAUCUCUUGCUUAGUGUCAUUGGGUGCCCACAGAUAGUGUUGUAAGCUUUGUAGACUCAAGUGUGCAAAAUGAUUUCAGUUACUGGCUAUGGCUAUAUUUGUUUUGCAGUAUUCUUGGGGUUGUGGUUACUGGAAGUGGGAGGGAAAUGGUUGGUGUUAAUGAUGUAGCCUUGUGGAAUCAAUUUUGCAUUCUAGUACAGAUGGUAAUUUAUUACACUACUUUUUUCCAAUGUUCAGUAAUAAAUGCAAAAUGUGCUUGAAUUUAUUUGGCA